AAUAAUCUCUACAACCUUUUUUUCCCCCCCAGAAGAGAAUAAAUUAUAUAGAAGUUUGAAAAGAUGGGGAAAUCGAUCGGACCGGUGGAAGUAGCUCCGACGAUGCUCGUUUUUCCGACAAGGGUUUCAGCCUCACCUUCCCUCGAAACCAUUCUCGAGGAAGAAGAUGAAACUCGGAGUUUCUGAUCUUUAAUUAUCAUUAUUAUCCUUUUUAACAAAAAAAGAUUUUGUGUAAUUCUGUUGAAACCCUAUUAAUAAUGGUGUAUUACUCUUU